CUACUUGCGAUAACAGAGUUGCUGUCAUUCAUGUCAGGAGCGACGCCAUCUUUCUUUUUCUUCUUCUUUUUUAGGGGCGACCAAUCUUAGGCGUCUUUACCGUCUUUACAAUUACCCAUCAUUCCCCAGAAACGUAUGACCUGUCCCUGGCCUUGGUGUGUGGUGCCGUGCAGCUAGUUGUCAGUGUCUGCAGGCUGUUGGAAUUAAAUUAAGGGUAAACCGGCUUGUGUUUUUAUCCGACAAGUCUGCGAGUAAACCGGGAGCUGAGCCACAAUGCUGAAAUGUAGGACUGUGUGGAAAAAGCUCGCUCCUUUGGCUAGAACUUCAUCAACUCUGUGCCGGCAGAAUGUGAGAAAAGCAGGUUUGAACAAUGGCAGAAUACCAACGCAUGUACCCACAGCUCACAUGUCCAGUGGGCUGCCAGGGGGUGGUGGGGAUAAUCUAAAGUAUGCCCUCCUGGUUGGAGCAGCCUCCAUUGGUGGCGUGGCAUAUGCGUACCAUACUAUGAAAGGAGACCAGCAAAGAUAUCAGGCACGUAUCACUGAACUUUCGUCCAGAUCACAAAAAGCAGCUGCAAAAGAAUCAGUCACACCCAUCCAGCCCCAGCCUCCCGCUGUAGAAACCACUGAGACAAAAGCCACCACUGAGCCAAAACCUGAAACAGCUCCUUCAUCCCAGGAGCCAAGCCCUCCAGCAUCAGGCACUGAAGCAGUAGCCACCAGUGAAACAACCGAACUGCCUCCAGCCGUGGGCUUCACACCUGCCUCUCUCAAGCUGCCCUCACAUGCCCCCUAUCUCCUCAUUGGUGGAGGUACUGCCUCUUUUGCUGCUGCUCGGUCUAUUCGAGCCAGAGACCCCGGUGCCAAGGUACUAAUUGUGACUGAUGAGCCAGACCUUCCAUAUAUGAGACCUCCUCUUUCUAAAGAGCUGUGGUUCUCUGAUGAUCCCAGUGUGACAGAAACUCUGCGCUUCAAACAAUGGAACGGAAAAGAAAGGAGCAUCUACUUCCAGCCGUCAUCAUUCUACAUUAACCCAGAAGAGCUGGAUAGUGUAGAAAAUGGAGGAGUGGCUGUUCUCACUGGGAAAAAGGUGGUUCACAUGGAUGUGAGAGGAAACAAAGUAAAACUGGACGAUGACACUGAGAUUUCAUAUGACAAGUGUUUGAUUGCUACAGGUGGUGUGCCAAGAAAUCUCCAAGUCAUUGAAAGAGCAGGAGAGGAAGUGAUGAGGAGAACCACUUUGUUCCGCAAGAUUGAGGACUUCAGAUCUCUGGAUAAGGUCUCGAGGAAUGUAAAAUCCAUCACUAUCAUUGGAGGUGGCUUCUUGGGCAGCGAGCUGGCUUGUGCCCUUGGCAGGAGAUCUACUGAGUCAGAUCUGGAGGUGAUACAGAUGUUCCCUGAGAAGGGUAACAUGGGAAAAGUGCUACCCGAGUAUCUGAGCAACUGGACAACAGAAAAAGUCAAGAAAGAGGGUGUAAAGAUUAUUUCAGAAGCUUUGGUGAAGUCUGUGACCUGCAAAGAUGACAAAUUAGAAAUCCAUCUAAAGGAUGGUAGAUUGGUGAAAACUGAUCACAUUGUUACAGCUGUUGGCCUAGAGCCAAAUGUUGACCUUGCUAAUUCAGGAGGUCUGGAGGUGGACUCUGACUUUGGUGGCUACCGGGUAAACGCAGAGCUGCAAGCGAGGUCCAAUAUUUGGGUGGCAGGAGAUGCUGCGUGUUUCUAUGACAUCAGACUGGGUCGCAGACGUGUGGAGCACCACGAUCACGCUGUUGUGAGUGGUAGACUAGCUGGAGAGAACAUGACGGGAGCCAGCAAACCCUACUGGCAUCAGUCCAUGUUCUGGAGUGAUCUGGGUCCUGAUGUAGGCUACGAGGCUAUCGGGAUUGUUGACAGCAGCCUACCAACAGUAGGCGUGUUUGCUAAAGCCACUGCCAAGGAUACGCCUAAAGCUGCUACAGAAGAGUCAGGAACUGGGAUCCGCUCAGAAAGUGAAACGGAGGACACAGCCACCAGCGCGGUGGCCUCUGUGACACCUGCUCCUGUCGUGGAGAACAAAGACGACUAUGGCAAAGGAGUCAUCUUCUACCUAAGAGACAAAGUGGUGGUGGGAAUUAUCCUGUGGAACGUGUUUAACAGAAUGCCCGUUGCAAGGAAGAUCAUCAAGGAUGGAGAAGAGCAUGCAGAUCUGAACGAAGUGGCCAAGCUGUUCAACAUCCACGAGGAUUAAGACUGUGGGGACGACAAACGUGCACGGGAGGGAGUGGGGCUUCAUGUGACAGCUGAACUCUGGGACUCAUUGCCACAUUCUCUAAGACACAAUUGGUCAAACUUACCAAAUGAGGAUCAAUGUAAAUUAUGUUGGUGAAAUAUUUUCAUAUUUGGAAUUUAUAUCUGUUGCGCUUGUUUUUCCUCCUUUUAGGAGAAGUCUCUGUGUUAUCUUUCUGCUGUCACCAAACUCGCGUGAUUGCUUAUCUGCAUUCCCCCCCACCAGGCUGCAAAUGUUGCACAUGGGUCAUCGUUUCCGUCGGUGUGAUCAAAGCAGCUUGUUCAGAGGAGAAAAAAAAAGCUGCAAUAAAAGCUAUUUUUAAAUCA